UCUCUCUCUCUCUCUCGCUCUCUUUCUCCCUCUCUAUCUAUCUAUCUAUCUCUAUAUCUUCAUCUCUUUACACACUAGGAGUUUAAUUAGCUAUCAUGAUCUGACACCGUUGUACCAUUAUUGGUUGAUCGAUAUCUUAUAUGUUAGUUGUGUGUACCAAUUAGUUUAACACACAAACAUUAUGACGGAAUUGAAUUACGCCGCUAAUAUGUGACGAUCCCAAAUUAAUAGCGCGGCGUUCUUUUAUAUUUCACGAUAACGCUUCGCGGAGAUAACGCGGUACACUAAAAAUCUAUCUUCAACGGAAAUUAGGCUUUCAUUCCAUGUGGCAAUCACGUUCAUGUAAGAAUCACCGUCUAUCGUCGAUCAGCGUGAAAAAAAAUGUCGAAAAAAUUCGUUCUGUUUUUCUGCGUACUUCUAGUAUACACUGUUAAUACCGAAAAGUACGAAUAUGUGGUCAUCGAGGAUUAUCCGUACCAUGUAUCGAUCCAGAUAGCAGGGCGACACGUUUGUAGCGGCGCAUUCAUACACGAAUCAUGGAUUAUGACCACGGCGUCCUGCGUUUUUCAUGCACAUAAAUCGACGAUAUCCGUACGCGUGCGUUCCUCUUUCAUUUCCAUGGAUGGCGAUGUAUUAGAAAUAGACAAUAUCGUGGUGCAUGAAAAUUUUCAUCAACAUCUGUACUUCAACGAUAUAGCAUUGAUGAAGCUAAAGAGUCCCGCGGAGUUUGGAGAAAAGUUGCUUCCUAUCGGACUCCCGGAGAAAGAAAAUGAAGAACUCCUUGACGGAACCCGUUGUGUCGUGACUGGAUGGAAACGAACUCUGGGGUCCCACCCACCGUUGGGAGCUUGGCUUACGGCGACCGCUGUGGCGAUCGUAAAUCAACGUACGUGCAAGGCGGUGAUGCCGAGUUACAAGCCGCUGUCUAAGGGUAUGUUGUGCGCCGCUAACGUGACCCGUUCGUCGGAAACGUGUCAGGGUGAUCUAGGUGCGCCUCUGGUGUCGGCGCAGAUGCUGAUUGGCAUUCUAUCCUACGGAUUAGGUUGCGAAACCGGAAUACAUCCAGGUGUCUAUACCCGCGUCAGCAGCUACUUACCUUGGAUCUUUAUGUAUACUGGUAUCUCCUAUAAAUGAGGUGGUAUAUACGAUUCUCGCAUUGAAUUUCAAUUUGUACGCGUAUUAUCAUGUAAAUUAUACGUUUCUCAUUAUUAAAACGUUUUCUGCAAAUUAUUGUAAAUACUGACUUUGAUACUUACGAAUCCCCCGACGCUCUCUGAUAAAUAUUCCCGGCCAGAUUUUAUUCUACCAAAAGUUAAAGUUGAAUGAAAUUGAAAUGCGAAACAUUUUUGUUUUACACAUUCAUGAUACAGCAAGUCGCGCACGAUGUGUAUGCGAGGUCUCUCCCUGAGGACGAGAAAGUAACCGUUCGGGUGCAAAUAAGCGACUACAGGAACUCAAACAUUACGUGGUUUCGUCAAUACUUGAUGCAUAUUCAUAAAGGUUUAAUAUAGCACAACGGGCUGGCAAUCAAUUAUUUCAACCUGCCGCGUGCGUACUCGCUCGUUGAUAAAGUCCAUGAAUACAGUAUUUCGAGCAUGCCAUUUAAUUUAAGCGCUAGUGGCGAACGUCCCGUACUUCCGAUUUCAAGUGUCAUGCUUAAGCUUAAUUAUCAUGUUUCGAAACCGAAACUUCCGACGUACGAUACGCCGCGCCGCCGCAGCUAGCCGUUAUUUUACCAUCGAUAUUUCAUCGAGUGCCAAUUAAUGGAAGGGAUUAAAAGUUUAUACAAAUUCAUACUAGCCGUUCGUUUCCGUCCCGCUGAGAGCUUGAUUGUAUGGAAUUAAGCAGUGGUCAUUUAAAAUCCUUUUAACGACCAUUAAAGAAUUAACGACACAUAUUUUUAAUCUACCCCCAUGCGAUAUGUAUUGGAAUAAUUAAAAUGAUAUAGAAUUUAUUACCUGAUAAUAAUUACAUGCCAAGACAAAAAAAAUGUGCUGCCUAAUAGGAUUGCUCAUCCAUUAGAUAGGAUUAAAAUUUAUGAUAAUUUAUAUUUCAAAAGUGACAUAAUUUACAUGGCACAAUAAUUAUAUUAUCUUUGGUUAAAAAUCUUCAUUUUUUGUAACUAACAAAUUGUAACUAGAAAAGAUUUAAACUCGCUUACUUGCUUACUUCAAUUUCUUAUGCUUUAUUGUGUAAUCUCAAUAUCUCGAUAAACACUCUAUACGUGAUUAGUGGAAAGAGUUUCUUAUUGAUUCUGAAGACAAUCCUAUUAGAGAGAAGACGAUUAGAGAAGACCUAUUAGAGAUUCUAUAUUAAUGGAUCUCUGACAAUCCUGAAAAUAAAUACAAACAUUAAUUUUAUUAAUUGAUUAAAAGAGAAUUCUCUGAACAGAGUUUACUACACAUGUUGGUCUAAUAAUUCUUAUCGAUCCUUUGUCUUUGUAAUAGAUAAUACUUCUCAGAGAUAUACGGUGCAGUCUCGAGUCUUUUAUAACACUAUGCAAGCGUGAAAAUCGAUAAGAGUCGCGAUGUAUUACACUGUUCCUUCCGUUAUCCUGCGCAGAGAAAAAUAUCGCCGUCGGAAAGCUCGCCAAUUUUCGAUCGCCACUGCUCGAUAUUUAAAACUGCCUGCGUAACGACAUAAGAAUAAAAGUAUCACGACGAGUGAUACUUUUCAUCUGUGUGCAAAGAUUAAUAUUUUUUCAUGAAAGGAUUCCUAUGUGCAACAUAUCUCUCUCUCUCUCUCUCUCUCUCUUCUUUCUUUAUCCAUUCUAUCGUCUCGAAACCAACCUACUAAUAAAAACUAGACCAGAAAAAAACAAAAGCUUCUCUCCCUUGUUCGUUUCAUACACUUGUUUGUCCUCCAUCCUAUCCCUUUAUUCGGCAUUUAUUAUUUUUAUCUUGGUAAACAAAAAGUUAUCUUACGUUUGCCUUCUACUUUGUGCAGAUCAUAUUUAAACUUUACAUUGUCUAUAAAUAAAUUGAAGCGCCGUGCAUUCUGAAGGAGGACUAUUUACAGAACUUUCGUAAUUGUAUUGACCAAGUGUUCGAAUCUCUCUAAUCGACACUAUAACUAUUAAUUGCCGUCAGUAGAUUUUUCCCGCAGAUAGAAAAUGAUCGAUACCUCCAAUUGCAAUAAUUAUCACAUUAUCAAAAUAUAUGUGGCAUGCAAAUGACACAAUAAAGUGUAGCAAAAAGAAAGCAUAAUUAAAUUUUUUUAGAAAAAAAUUGAACUGUGAAACGUUUAAAAUGUUUUAUCUCUAAUUGAUCUCUAAUUGCAUAUUUGACAAUUUCAAUCAUCUAAAGAUAAUGUAUUAAAAAAAUGUUUUCUAUUUACGUUCCGUGUAUUAAUUAUUUAUUUUUAAAAUGUGAAAAACAAACUACAUUAUGACUAUAUAUUGUUUCAAAAAGUUCAAUAACUGUUAAACCUUGUGUAAUUCCGAGCGAAACAUCUAAUUGUGCAAAAAUUCAUCGAAUGGAUUAUCGAAAUACAAAUGAUUCCGAUUUUCGAGAUCAUUGAGUGUUCAUAAAUAUUCUCGUGAGACGAAAACGCGAGUGCGGCGCUGACAGAUCAUUAGUUCAAUUCGAGCCAGCGAUUAAUGCGAUACAAUAAUACUUCGUGAAUUAUUACAUUAUCGAAAACAUGACUUUAAUAAUAUUCUUUUAAUACAGAUAAAUUUAGCAAUAUUUUUGUCGAUAGUCUCUAGAAGCAAAUAUAAAAAUUAAAAAAUUUGAAACAUUUAAUUAUCAAAGAAUUCUAUCAAAAUAAUUUGUUCAAAAUAAUUUGUUAAUCUUUUUCCAAGUUACAUGUUCUGUAAAUUAAAACGAUCCUUUUUAAAAUACACAUGUUUCAUUAAUGUUUUUUUCUCUUUCACCUAAUUACAUUUCUUCUUUUUAAAAAAAUUAUUUAGGUAAUGUAUUAGCGUUUUAACUAUCAAUCCUUCCAACGGUCUCCUUAGAAACUAAUAAUUAAAAAUAAAAUUUUCAAUUUAUUAAUAUUAGAUAUAUAGUAGAACCGAUGUCUACUUAUACGCGAUAUUUCGAGAAUUGUUACGAGAGAUAAAAGAAUGCCGCAGCAAACCGCACUUGCCGACAUCGGCAGCGACUGCUGUCUGGCGAUUAACAUAUAAAUCAAACCUCCGACGGCAGGGCAUCUCCUCGUGCUCGAGUUCGCUCUCGGAUUCCCCUGUUACUCACGCUGAAUGUGUGCGCGCCGUCAGCCAUCUUGUGUACUUCUCUCCCUCGCCCCUCCCCCCCCCUCGCUUUCCCGAAGACGCAUUGAAGAGAUGUGCGAAGGUUGAAAAGCUGAGAAUCAUCGAGGAUGUAUUUUCCGCUCAGCCGAACCAUCAACAACGAACACGGUGCCCGAUGGAGUGCGCGGUCGGGACGAUAGCGUGAUACGUGAUAGCGCCGGUUUUAGGCUAUUCUUUCGAAAACGAUCGAUCAUCUCGUGAUCGAUUGGGCAAGUGCAAAUUUUCAGCACGUAAAUAUGAAAA